AUGUCGACGAUUACACGAACUCUUCGAAACCUGCGUCAGGUCGGAUUCAAGGACUACAUAAUGCAGAUGGUGUACAUCGGCGACACCAAGGCCGGGACUCUGAUUGGCACCGAUCGCGCCGGAAACAAGUUCUAUGAAAAUAACGAGGAACUCCCCCUCCGCACCCGCUGGGUCGAGUACGCCAAGCAUGACUACGAUGCCGCCCAGAUCGAGCCCGGUUGGCACUCGUGGAUCAGCUACAUGGUUGACAAGCCGCCGGGCCAGGACGCCCUCAUGACGCCCGGCACUCGCCACUUCGAACCAUCCUUCCCCAAGCCCAACUAUACCCAGACGCGUGGUGCUUUCAAGACGUACAGCACGACCAAGCCCAAGUUUACCACUUGGGAGCCCGUGGCUGCGCAGCGAGCCUAG